CGAGGAAACAGUUUGUACAGUACUGCGUACGGAGCAGCAUUAUCAAUAUAUUGCCGCAGAAAUGUUACGGCACGUAAUAUUGUUAUUCGCUGUUGUUUAUUUAACGGAAAGUUUAAGUAUCGUUAAUCCUGGACCACAAUACCCACCAACGAAGGGGUCAAUAUGGCCAAGGCCACAUCAGCAAACACAAACUGAUUCAUAUUAUAAAUUAAAUCCAUCUACUUUUGUAAUAACGGAAAAAGGAAAAACAUGCGAUAUAUUAAAAGAUGCAAUCGAUCGGUAUAUGAAGGUGUUACGAAAUACGUACCUGAUUGUGGAGAAAUAUUCAAGAAAACUAUCAAGACAUGGAAGUGAUGCUGAUAAUUUUGAUGACAAUUUUAAGGGAACAUUGCAAGAACUACAAAUUAAUCUGUCAGCACCAUGUGAAACUUAUCCACACUUGGAUAUGGAUGAGAAAUACAGCCUUGAUGUAGCCAAGGUAUCGGUCCUCAACAGUGACUCCAUAUGGGGCGUUCUGAGAGGGCUCGAAUCUUUCGUGCAACUGUUUUACAUGGCAGACGGAUACAAAAAUGUGUUUAUCAAUGCAACACAAAUCCAAGAUUUCCCGAAGUACACCCACAGAGGUCUUCUCGUCGAUACUUCAAGACAUUACAUAACAGUACCAACAUUACUGAAAACUUUAGAUGCCAUGGAAAUGAACAAGAUGAACGUUUUGCAUUGGCACAUUGUGGACGACCAGAGCUUCCCUUACAAGAGCGAUAUGUUCCCUCAAUUGAGUGAUGCAGCAUACGAUCCUACAAUGGUAAACACUGCCGUGGACAUCACCCAAAUUGUAUCUUAUGCAAGACAUAGAGGGAUACGCGUUCUACCAGAGUUCGAUGUGCCAGGCCAUACCAGCUCCUGGGGCGUUGCUUACCCAAACAUCUUAACGAAAUGCUACAGUCUAGGACGCGAAUUGGGAUUGGGACCAAUGGACCCAACAAAGAACGUCACAUAUAAACUGAUUGGUGACUUAUUCCGCGAGGUCCAAGAACGGUUCCCAGAUAAAUAUUUUCAUGUUGGUGGGGAUGAAGUGGAAUUGGACUGCUGGAUAUCAAAUUCUGAAAUCCGUGAUUUCAUGAAAGACCACAACAUGACUGAUGCUAGCGAACUACACUCAUAUUUCAUGGCAAAUGUAAUCCCAUUGCUGGGAGAUAGGUCUAAACCGAUUGUAUGGCAAGAAGUAUUCGAUGAAGGUGUAAGUCUACCCAGCGGCACAAUCGUGCAAGUAUGGAAGAACACAGAAGCUAGAGAAAUGCAAAAUAUAUUAAAUGGCGGUUAUAAAGUAAUCUAUUCAUCAUCAUGGUACCUGCAUAAUAUGAAUAGUGGUGGAGACUGGGCUAAGUUUUACGGGGUUGAUCCUAGAGAAAUAGUCAAAGGAAGUGUCCCUGAAGAUAAAGAAGUCGACGUUCUGGGAGGUGAAGCUUGUAUGUGGAACGAGGUGGUGGAUGACACAAAUAUUAUAAGCGGGGUAUGGCCUCGUGCUAGUGCUGUUGCUGAGGCAUUGUGGAGUGGUCACAAAUACGAAACAAUGCCAUAUUUAAGGCAAUGGUAUCAAUUCAGAGAAGAUUCAUCACAUGUAGUAAGCAGCCGUCUUGAAGAACAUGCGUGUCGUAUGAAUCGUCGCGGUAUAGAUGCUCAGCCACCAAACGGUCCUGGAUUUUGUGUAACAGGGAAUUAAGUUUAGAAUAAAAUAUUUGUAACAAACAUUUAAAUAAAUAAUAACAAUA